CCCUCCCUUCCCACGCCCCAGUGCGCUGUGGGAUAGUGCCACUAUAAAGUAUAUCCUCUCUCGGAGAAAGAUAAGAAGCCCGAGACAGGAGGGGGAUGAAGAUGGCGGACGCCAAGCAGAAGCGGAAUGAGCAGUUGAAGCGCUGGCUGGGCUCGGAGACGGACCAGGAGCCGCCGGUUCUGAAGAAGAAGAAGACGAAGGUGAAGUUCGACGAUGGCGCCGUGUUUCUGGCCGCCUGCUCCAGCGGCGACACCGAGGAGGUGCUGCGAAUGCUCGACCGCGGCGCCGACAUCAACUACGCCAAUGUGGACGGUCUCACCGCGCUCCACCAGGCAUGCAUCGAUGACAAUGUUGACAUGGUGACUUUCCUGGUGGAGCACGGAGCGUGCAUCAAUCAGCCCGACAACGAGGGCUGGAUCCCCCUCCACGCCGCCGCUUCCUGUGGAUACCUCGACAUAGCAGAAUAUCUCAUCGGUCAGGGCGCCAGUGUGGGAGUGGUGAACAGCGAAGGCGAGACGCCUCUGGACAUCGCCGAAGAGGAGGCGAUGGAGGAGCUGCUGCAGAACGAGAUCAACCGGCAAGGAGUGGACAUCGAGGCGGCCCGGAAGGAGGAGGAGCGCGUCAUGCUGCGGGACGCCCGGCAGUGGCUCAACAGCGGGCAGAUCCAAGACGUCCGGCACACCAAGUCCGGAGGGACGGCGCUCCACGUCGCCGCCGCCAAGGGAUACGUGGAGGUUUUAAAACUUUUAAUCCAAGCAGGGUAUGAUGUAAAUAUUAAGGACUACGACGGCUGGACUCCUCUACAUGCAGCUGCACACUGGGGCAAAGAAGAAGCGUGUAGGAUUCUGGUGGAGCAUCUCUGCGACAUGGACCUCAUUAACAAAAUGGGCCAGACCCCUUUUGAUGUAGCUGAUGAAGACGUUCUGGGAUACUUAGAAGAACUACAAAAGAAGCAGAAUCUGCUGAUUGGUGACAAGAAGGAUGUGAAGAAGUCUCCUUGGAUUGAAACGAGAACCACAGGGGACAACAAUCAAUCACUGAAACCACUCAAGAGUGAAGAAACGUUGCUGCUGGAGCCGGAGAAGAGCGCCCCUCGUAUCGAGACCCUCGAGCCGGAGAAGGUGGACGAAGAGGACGAGGGCAAGAAGGACGAGUCCAGCUGCUCCAGCGAGGACGACGAGGAAGAGGACUCGGAGUCGGAGACUGAAGCAGAGAAGAGCAAACCCACGCCAGCGGUGAGCAACAGCACGACGCCCGGCUCGACCGGCAUCACCGUGUCUUCUCCGGCCAGCCCGACGAACCAGGUGACGCAGCCGGCGGGGAAAGUCUCGGCCAAAGUGGAGGAGGAGAGGAAGGACGAGUCGCCGGCGUCGUGGCGCCUGGGCCUGAGGAAGACGGGCAGCUACGGCGCGCUGGCCGAGAUCACGGCCGCCAAGGAGGCGCAGAGGGAGAAGGACACCACCACCGGGGUGAUGCGCUCGGCCUCCAGCCCGCGGCUGUCCUCGUCCCUGGACAACAAGGACAAAGACAAGGAGAAGGAUAAAAGCACCCGGCUGGCCUACGUGGCCCCGACCAUCCCCAGGAAACCGGCCAGCACUUCAGACAUCGACGAGAAGGAGAACAGGGACUCCACCGCCCUGAUCCGCAGCGGCUCCUACACCCGGCGGCGCUGGGACGACGAGCUGAAGAACAGCGAAGGAAGCGGCUCCACCAACCGAAACCCCAGCUACCAGCGCAGCACCUCCCACACGCUGGCGCUGGGGCGGAGCGGCAGCACGCGGGACGUGCCGGCCAAGUCUUCGUCCACCUCCAGCUUGGACCCUAACACCUGUAACACUAAACCCUGGCAGCCGCCCGCCUCCCACUACCAGUCUUACAGCAUUUACCGCAGCGGCUCCUUCGGCAGGAGACACGAGGACCUGAGCUCCUCCACCACCUCGUCCACCUCCUCCUCCACCACCACCACCUCCUCCUCCGUUACCUCGCCCACCGGCCACCGCGGCCUGCUGUCCAGCCUGGGCUCCUCCUCCACCCGCAGCGGCUCCACCAGCCUCACCAGCAGGUACUGGUCAGAGGAGAGCGCCGAGAGGGAAAAAGACAAAGAGAAGGAAUCUGCUGCCGUCAUCCCGACUAUAAACACUGGCUCCACCACCACCGCCGCGUCCACCGCCACCACCACGGCCAUGUCCACCACCACCGCCACCACCACCACCACCGGCCCCGAGCGACGCAGGUCUUACCUGACUCCGGUUCGAGACGAGGAGUCGGAGUCUCAGAGGAAAGCUCGGUCCAGGCAGGCCCGGCAGUCCCGGAGGUCGACCCAGGGCGUGACGCUGACCGACCUGCAGGAGGCCGAGAAGACCAUCGGCCGGAGUCGCCCCCCGAAGAGCCGGGAGGACGAGAAGGAGGAGAAGCAGGACAAGGAGAAGCAGCAGGAGGAGAAGAAGGAGACGGAGACCAAGGAGGACGACUACCGGUCCAAGUACCGGUCCAGCUUCGAAGACCGUUACCGGCCCUCGUCGUCCUCCUCCACCUCGGCCAUCUCCACCAUCAGCACCGCCUCCACCCCCUCCUACACGUUGUCCUCCAGCUCCAGCUCCCUGAACCGGCCCAACAGCCUGACGGGGAUCACCUCCCCCUACAGCCGCUCGUCCCGGGACGCAGAGAAAGAAGCAGAUAAGGAGGAGAAGGAGGGCGAGGACAAGUCCCAGCCUCGCUCCAUCCGGGAUCGCCGGCGGCCCCGCGAGAAGAGGCGCUCCACCGGCGUCUCCUUCUGGACUCAAGAUGGCGAUGAGAACGACCCCGAGCAGCAGUCCGACUCAGAGGAGGGCAGCACCAAGGGGGAGCCGCAGAGCGACAGAUUGUCCAGGAACGAGAGCACUUCAUCCUUAGACCGUAACGACGCUCUUUUUAGCCGCAGCUACGGAGAGAGUCGAAGGCCGUACACGAGCCGACUGGAUCGAGACGACACCACCGACUAUAAAAAGCUCUACGAGCAGAUCUUAGCUGAGAACGAGAAGUUGAAGGCCCAGUUACGCGACACGGACCUGGAGCUGGCGGACUUGAAGCUACAGCUAGAGAAGGCCACACAGAGGCAGGAGCGCUACGCCGACCGGUCGCAGCUGGAGAUGGAGAAAAGGGAAAGAAGAGCUCUAGAAAGGAAGAUCUCUGAGAUGGAGGAGGAACUUAAGAUGCUCCCAGACUUGAAAGCAGACAACCAGAGACUAAAGGACGAGAACGGAGCGCUCAUCCGAGUCAUUAGCAAGCUUUCCAAGUAGACACCCUCCUCUUCCUCCCUCCUUCUGCACCCCCUCCCCCUCUAGCGCCCCCUGGCAGUGACUAAUGGAAUUGCACAUUUAGAUAUUAAUUGCAUCAGACAUCAGAGACUCCUGUGUUUUUUUUUUCCGUUGUUUCUUUUCUUCCUGCACCCACCCAUCCAUCCUCCCCUCGCUCCACCCUCCCAUCCAUCCAUCCUCCCCUCGCUCCACCCACCCACCCAUCCACCCGCCCCUCGCUCCCCGCCCAGUUUACACAGUGAAAGCGGGAUGUUUCGUGUUUUCUCGGCAUGUGAAGCGUCGCGUCGCGUCUCGCCGGGGAGGAGAGGAAAGCCUGAAGACUAUUUAACCAAUAAGCCUUAGUUGUACAUAAAAAAGAGAAACGCCCCCCUCCCCCUCCCUCCAGAUAUUAUCCAAACACCUGAUUUUAUUUGUGCCACAGUCUUUUUUUUUUUUUUUUUUUUCUUCCUCUUCUCGUGUCGUGUGCGGUGCAGUUUUCCCCCUCGUGGCCCCGCCCCCUGUUUGUUUUUUUUCGUUUUCCCCACCAUGCACACUCAUCCCUCUCUCUCUCUCUCUAUAUAUAUAUUUUUUUUGUACCUCUGUGUGUCUUCCUCAAAGAGGGGAAAUAUAAAAAAAAAACAAAAAACAAACUCGAGGCGGACCUGGUGGAAUUUAAGCUUUCACUGUAUGUGCAAUAUGCAUUUCUUUUCUUUUUU